GUGGGAAUUUUGGGCAUUGAAGGUUCUGUUUACAUUUUGAAUGAUUAAAAUAAAUCUUCCACUUCAAUAAUAAUAACUAAUAUAAAGCUUCUUUCAUAAUUUGUUUGGAAAAAUAUGAAUUCACAACAAGACAGUAGGAAAAUUCUCGAAGAUUUGAAUUUUAAAAAGCAACAACUUCAAAAAGGUUUGUCACCAUCUGGUACUUCUCAAUCUCUUCAAUACGAACCACCUAUAAACUCGUUAGCACGCACAACACUUGCCCAAGCGCAAUCAACUUCAUUUGGAUUUUUCAUUCUGCAAGAUUCGACAUAUGGAAAUACAAUUCUUCCUGUGCUGCCCAGAUUUGAAUAGUUUCCAUUAGAAUGUCAUCACGAAUCAAACUUAAGAAAUUAGAAGAAUAUCUUCAAUCCGUGGAUUCAUUUGAGAAACCAAAAAUCCUUCUCGAACAAUACAUAACACCAUCACAUAUCGCAAGUAAUCUGCUUUUCACUAUACAAAACAACUACGAUGACUUGGAGGGGAAAUAUGUUUGUGACUUGGGUACUGGAACUGGAAUGUUAUCAAUAGGAGCAGCAAUAAUUGGUGCAGCACAAACUGUUGGCUUUGAUAUUGAUUCUGAAGCUCUUGUGAUUGCUCAAAACAAUAUCAACGAAAUGGAAAUAACAAACAUUGAUUUCGUUCAAUGUGACGUCAUAGACAAUUUAUCCUCAGAAAAUAAUAAGUGGCUGAAGGUUUUUGACACUGUUAUCAUGAAUCCACCAUUUGGAACGAAAAAAAACUCUGGCAUGGACAUAAAUUUUCUUAAAACAGCAGUCAAACUUUCACGCAAUGUAAUCUACUCACUUCACAAAUCCUCGACUCGCAGCUUUAUUCAAAAGAAAACCAAGGAGUUAAAUAUCAGCGGAAAAGUCAUCGCAGAGCUUAGAUACAAUCUUGAUUCUUCUUAUAAAUUUCAUAAAAAAUCUGUUGUUGAUAUUGAGGUAGAUGUUUGGAGGUUCAACAUAGAAUGAAAACUUUCUUUUAUAAUUUUAAUAAAUUUAAUUCAUUUUAUCUUGGAAUAUUUUGUUUUAAAGGUUCAAUUUUGCUUCAUUUUGAGUGAUUUUUUUCCCAAUUUCAGUGGCACAAUUUAAGUGUGUGGUUCAAACAUUCUAGUUUCAUAUCCUGAUUUGGUCAUAAGGUUAAGCUUACAUGUUUCAACCCAUGGAAAUUGGCAAAUAUUGGAAUAAAACACCAUAAACAAGAGUAAAUAAUAAAGACUUCAUCAUUAAAUUCUUCUUAUUGUAUCAUUUGCAAUAUCAAUACAAUUAUUUAGUCACUAAAACAAGAGAAUGCGAAUUAUCAUUGAUGUUCUCGAAAAAACAGUUGUAGAAAUGUAAAUAAAUGAUUCAACUCAAUGUUUUCUUUUUAUUUUUUGUUCAAUUUAAAACAAAAAGAGAUA